AUGCGAGUUGUAGGGCAGGUGGGCAGCGCCUUACCACCGUGCAAAAAUAAACCUGCUUCGUACAGUUGUCCCAGCAGGUCGGGAAAUUGUCAUCAAAGGCAGGCGAGCCACCGCCUCCUGUAUCUUUGCAGGCGCAUCCAGCUGGGCCUGGGCCUGGGCCCAGAGGGGUCCUGGGCGGGGCCGGGCCCGCAGCGAGUGGCGGCCGGGCUCCAGGGAGGAGCGCUCGUCGCGGGAGGCGGCCGGGCUCCGCCCCUCCCACCCCGCCGCCUCUGGGGUCCUGCCCCCCGCACCUACGCCGGCCGCAGACGGCGGGCCGCCAGCCAGUGCGUGCGGGACUCGGCUCCGACGGCCACGAACCCAGGCUCCAGCCUUCUCCGAGGACCACCAGGCACCCGCGGCAGCAUGUGCGCCCUCCCCAGUCUCCCGGGGCUCCGGGCACCGCCGCCCCUGCGUGUUUUCCUCCUGUGCCUCCUGGCAGCGGCGCGCCGGAGCUGGGCAGACAGCACCUCGCCCUCGCCAGGUGUGAUGGAUUCAUCAUUUACAAGUCUACCUGCCAGAGAAGAAAUGAUGGCAAAAUAUUCUAACCUUUCCUUGGAAGCUUUUAACAUAUCACUGACGGAACAUUCUAAUGUACCAGUAGAAAGAACUAUCACUUUAAAACGUCCUUCUCAUAUAGAACUCAUCUGCCAAUUUACAACAUCUAAAGAUCUGAGUUCAGUAAAUGUGACAUGGAAGAGAGAUGACGGACUCCUGAAGAAUGGCUCCCUCACCAGUGCAGCGGGAAACGUUCUCUCUGCCCGAUACAAGUUCACGGUUACGAGUCGCGACCAAAUGGGAAGUUAUUCUUGCUUCUUUGGAGAGACAAAGGGACUCAGGGGCACCUUUAACUUCACAGUCCCUGAAAUUCAAGGUAAAACCAAGCCAGCAGUCACAUAUGUGGGAGAUACUACUGUCUUGGCAUGUAGAUGUCCCAACUGUGUUCCCGUGAGUUGGAUCUGGUACAGUAGUAAUGGGAGUGUGCAGGUCCCUGUCAACAUUCAACUGAGUGAUAAAUUCUAUGUGAUCAAUGGAACGCACGGCAAUGAAACAAAGCUCAAGAUAAUGCAGCUUACAGAGGAGGACCAGGGGUCUUACUGGUGCCGUGCGGUCUUCCAGUUAGGGGAGAGGGAACUCCUCACUGAGUUGGUGGUGCUGACCUAUUUGGUGCCCCUGAAGCCCUUCUUUGCAGUAGUCGCUGAGGUUAUUCUUUUAGUGACUGCCAUUCUGCUUUGUGAAAUGUAUACACAAAGGAAAAGAAGUCAACCAGAUGGAGGAAAAGAAUUUGAGCAAAUUGAACAGCUGAAAUCAGAUGAUAGUAGUAAUGGUCUAGAAAAUAAUGCCCCUCGGCACAGAAAAAAUUCAAUUACUUCCAAAUGAUACACCAAAUAAAAGGAAUCUGUGAGCCAAGGAAUGAGAGACAUUCAACUUGUCAAGUGUCAUGGGAAUUUAUGUCAAGAGUUUUUGUUUCAGCUUUGUUUAUGCUUUCUCUUAGGGUCAUCUGACUUUAUGUUUUGAAAAAACGGAAAUCUCAAUAUGCUCAGCUGCAGCUUCAUAAAUUAUAUAUGCUAUCUCAGAACUAAAGAUAUAGUUUUAUUCUGUAAUCAUUGUACAUUAAUGCCAGGUAAAUUGUAUUAACUAUGUUUUAUGAGCUGUAUAACUCAGGAUAGAUCAUUUAAUGCUGGUCCUCAAGGCAAGUGCUGAACAGAUGCCUGCAAAACCUGUUAAUAGUUCAUGGAGCAAAUGUCAUUCAAGGCCUAGUUAUAACCAAAGACUUCAUUCAAGAGAAAGCCUUUGCCAUUUCUCUUAAAAAGUUUCCCUCCAUAAUUAUUCUUACUGUAUAUCUAAGAAUGUAUAACAGUUUCUAUGUAGUUCCUCCUUCUGUGUUACUGAAAAGAAGAAUAUCUAAACUGGGAAAUGAAUUACUUUCUGUCUUUGCUAAUGAUGGUUAACACUCAGUCUCCAGAAGAAACACAUACUUUUCACCCAUAAAUAUUAGAUUAAAGCAGGAAAUGAAAAACAUUUGCCCAUAGCUCUGUGACACAAAAGCAGGUUUCCAUGAUUAGUCCAUUCAUCUCUACAGCGUACAUAUCCACGCUAACAUGCUUCCUGGUCUUUCCCUCUGGAGAACUUUUCUCUCUCCUAAAACGACGUGGUUUAGACUUCUUGGGAUAUGCCUGAUGUGAAUUUUUGUGGGUGCAAGGCCAUGGAACCAGAAUGCAAUACUUCCAUAGAGAUGUCUUUGAUUCAUUGCUCAAGGUCAAGUAUUUCCAUGCUGGCUUCAUGUUAUAUACAUAUUUUCAGGCACAGUCUUGGUCAGUGUGCAGAAACUAAUUCCAUGGCCAAACAAUGCCUAAAAAGUGCUUAUCAAUGCUAACUUUGAUUCAAAUCCAGAAUGAACCUGAACCCUGAUGUACUGUGUAAAUGAUUCUGUGAAUGCUUAAGAUUUAACCUUAAAUAUAAGAUAGUUCAUUUCUACUGCAUAUGUAACUUAAAUCUUUUGUAAAAGAAUUAACAUGAACUCUGGACACACGAAUUGUGAAUGCCUUGGAAUAAGAUAUCAAAAUUAGCCUUAGGGUGCUAUGUUAUGGGGAAGAUGGGGAAGCUUGAUGCAGGUGCAUUCAAUAUCCCCUUCCUCUUAGUAGCUAAUGAGUCAGAAUAAGAUCAGAACCCAAAGGAAGAGUGUGGAUUGCUAGUAAGGUAACCAUGAUUCUUGUUGGCUAAGGGAAAGGGGAGUUGAACAAUUUGGGGGGAAAAAUUACUUCAUAGAAAUUUACAUGAUGUAUAGACUGUGAAAAUUAUGAUAAAAUUCUUCUUGUGAAAAAUAUAUGACAUCUUAACCAAUAGUUUACAAUCUUGCAAGUAUGAAUAAUCACUCCUCAACUCACCUGAAGUAGUAAAUGGCAAGCUGUUAAUUAUUUUAUUGCAGCACUAUUUUCUUGUAAAGGAUGUUACCUACACAUGGUUGUUUGUGGAACACAUACUAUU